AUGGAAAAAAAAAUUAGUAUUUUACAAGCUGGUUGUAUUUACUUUUUCUAUCGCUCCAAGAUAGAAAACAGUCUUAAUCAGCAAGAAGGAGUGCAGCGUUUUUUUUUCGUUUUACGACCUCAGCAACAGAAUAAAUAUCUAUUAUUAAUUGUGGGAAAGAAGCAAUUGCCUCCCAGCAAAAAAGACAGUUAUUUUCUAUUUUUAGAAGCCAUUAAAAAUAAUAAGGAAGAAUUGUUGUCAGCCCUACAAGAAAAACAUUAUUCAACCAAAACGCGAGGUGAACGGACCUUGCCAGUUUCCCAGUGUCUCGGAGUUGGCAAAUAUCUAUUAGUAAUUCAUAAUAACCACACCCAUUUCAUUUAUCAAUUGACUAAUCCUUCCCAGAUUAAAGCAACCCAAAAGGAAUUCAAUCUCCAAAAGGAGGAUGAUUUUUUAAUCAGCAUUAAAAAUCCGCAAGCAACUACGCCGCCAGGGGUAGGACUAUCCACAAAGCAGAAAGUUAAAUUUCCUCCUUCUCUCCAAGCCAAAUUGGCUAAUUAUUCUUUUGCCCCACUUACUACCAGCGAAUUUUUAGACUAUGAAGGAGUAGAAUUAUUAUUAAUUGCCAAAGACAAAACCAACUUAACCGGCCGUGAAAAGGGAAUAGAACAUUGUCUAGAAAAAAUAAACCCGGAUAAUUUGAUUUUGACCGAAAAUAAUAAUACUCAACAAUUUAUCAGGCAGUUAGCCGAACGCGAAGGUGUGUCGGAAGAAAAAAUUAAGGAAAUAAUUAUGGACUCCUUUCGCAAAUCAUAUUGUAACGGGGAAAAUGCUGGGACCGAGUUACACUUUGAAUUUGAUUCCAGGCUGUCAGUUUACCGACAUUAUAAAAUAGUCGAUAAACUCAAUGACCCGGAAAAAGAAAUAGCCUCUGAUAACAAAUUACUAAAAGAAGGAACAAUAAAAGAUGAUAAUUUUUUGCUCCCUUUGGAUAUUGAAAACUUGUCUCUUGCUGUCAACCAAGAAAUUGAAGACCGCUUGCGAAAGGACGUUGGAGAAAUCGAAGGUGAAAUAAUUAAAGGCAGUAUUAAAAGCCUUCGAGACAAGAAACAUGAAAAUUAUUACGCUGUUGACUUGGGAAAAGUGUUGCAAGAAAAACCAAGGUUAGGUCAGCGUUUUCUCCUCCUUGUCAAGGAAGUAAAAGAAAAAUCCAGCGAGGACACUCCACAAAUUAUUUUAACCCGAGCAGAUGAUUUAUUUAUUCGCAAAUUGCUCGAACAAGAAAUACCCCAGUUAAAAGAAGGAUUAAUAGUUAUUCAUAGUAUUUUGCGUUUGCCGGGAUUGAUAAGUAAAGUAAUAGUAGAAAAAGGUCCAGUGGCAAAAGAGGAAUCGUUGCAUAUUGGACCAGCCGGAACCUGUAUCGGUGAAGGGGGAGAGAAGGCAAAAUCGGUUUCUCGCUUAAUUUAUCCUGAACGCAUAGAUUUUGCUGAUUGGGCUGCUGAUAAAAAAAAAUUACUUUCUAAAUUAAUUUCUCCUGUGCGAUUAGUUAAAUUAAAUAUCAAAAAAGAAACUGACGAGUUUUUGGGAAUAAAGAUUCAUGUGAGAAUAAUGGAAGAAAUGGAUGAAGAGGAAAUUUCGGAAAAUAGAGGGAAAAUAUCACAAGAAGUCGGCAAUUACAAAAAUAUUGAUGUGCGAAUAGUGGAAGAAAUUGAAUAA